AUGGCCAAUGAUGACACUAAGGUUGCCUCCUCUAUCGGCAAUGCCACCAAUAUACAUAUUUCCAACAAUCCAACUCUGGUCAUGAGUAUGCAUGGAAAUGCUGAUCUGGAAAAAGGACUCGCAUCAUCUGAAAAAGCCGAAUCACCUAUCGAGAAAUCAGUUGCUGCUGGUCCAGCACCCGUGACACCAGUGAUCGGUCCGCCGCCUGAUGGAGGUGCGCAGGCAUGGCUGGUCGUAUUAGGAGCUUUCUGCGGUCUAUUCGUCAGCUUUGGCUGGAUCAGUUGUAUUGGAGUCUUCCAAGCAUACUACGAAAGUCACCAACUGAGCAAGUUCUCUACUAGUACAGUAACAUGGAUCACAUCGCUAGAAACCUUCACUAUGUUCUUCUGCGGCCCAAUAUUCGGAAUUAUGUUCGACAGCUACGGACCGCGGUGGAUCCUCCUCAUCGGCACAAUCCUUCAUGUCUUCGGCCUAAUGAUGGCUUCCCUCUCAACAGAAUACUACCAAUUUAUCCUUGCUCAAGGAAUCUGCAGCCCAAUCGGCGCAAGCGCCAUCUUCAACGCUUCCGUCAACUCGGUCAGCACCUGGUUCGCUAAGCGUCGUGCUUUCGCCCUCGGCGUAACAGCCGCUGGAUCCAGUCUGGGUGGAGUCAUCUUCCCGAUCAUGGUCACCCAACUGAUCCCUCAAGUCGGAUUUCCCUGGGCGAUGAGAAUCUGCGCCUUCCUUAUUUUGUUCAUGUUGGGUAUUGCCAAUCUCACGCUGAAGUCGAGAUUACCGCAUCGCCCGAAGCCAUUCGACAUCCUGAGUUUCAUGAGGCCGUUGGCUGAGCUUAAAUUUGUACUUACGCUUGCUGCUUCUUUCUGCUUUUUCUGGGGCAUGUUUUUGCCAUUCACUUUUGUUAUUAGCCAGGCUGAGAGAUAUGGCAUGUCUACCAAUCUAGCCGGGUAUCUGAUUCCGAUUUUGAAUGCGUCGAGUAUCUUCGGCCGCACACUCUCAGGCUAUCUCGCUGACAAGGUCGGCCGUUAUAACAUGAUGGUUCUGACAACGUUUUUCUCGGCUAUCCUCGUCCUAGCCCUCUGGCUACCGUCAAAGGGCAACGUUCCAGCAAUUGUUUUCAGCGCUCUAUAUGGCUUCGGCUCUGGUGCGUUUGUCUCACUUGCACCAGCUCUUGUAGCGCAGAUCUCCGAUGUCCGCGAGGUGGGCGUGCGUAAUGGCACUUUCUUUGCUGUCAUCUCGUUUGCGGCCUUGACUGGCACUCCUAUUGGUGGUGCUUUGGUGCCGGUUGUUCUCCAUGACGGUUAUACUGGGCUACAGACAUUCGCUGGUGUUGUUAUGAUUGUUGGGUCGAUUUUGUUUGUUUUUGCUAGGGGGGCUGUUGGAGGGUUUAAACUUACCGCAGUGUGA